CCGCAAGACAAUUAGUAUCUUUAACAUAUAAGUCAAAUAACAUUAUAAAAUGAUAUUGACGAUUAUUCUAAUUUCUCUGUUAACAGUUAUAUUUAUUAAUAUUCUGUCGAAGUUAUAUAAAUUUUACGUUUUUCGUAAGACGAUUAAUAAAAUACCUGGUAAUGCAUCCUUCUUCGGUACUGUAAUCAAUUUCAACAGAUUAUCAAAAGACGAAUAUCAUAAAGCCGUGUGUCAAUACACAGUACGAUAUAAAGAAGGGAUUUGUAAAUUAUGGAUGGGAUAUGAAGCAGUAGUAUACAUUUACAAGCCUGAAUAUGUAGAGGUUCUAAGUGGCAUCACGACAGGAAAUUGUUUACCCCGGCAUUUCAUUUUACUAUGCUCGAUAAUUUCAUGAUAGUAAUAAUGGAAAAGUGCGAAAUUUUGAUGGAUCGUAUAGAGAAAGAAAUGG